CAGCGCGAUAGGAAACCAGAGGACGAGACGGAACUGUGACAGCCCCGGACACAGAACCCGAGCGAAACCACCGCAGCUCCGGACCCGCUUCUGGAUGAUCCAAGCCCGAGAACAUGACCAUGGUGUGCAGAGCUGGUGAGUGCGUAAAUGACGAGAAGAAAUGUCCCAAACUUCAGUAGCCGGAUCGAGACAACUAACCCCACCCCCGAGAGAGCCUGAAAUCUGCUGAAAUCCUCCAAGACAAUGACAUGAUUCCAGACAGGACAGCAUCUCUUUCUACGCAGUAGAGCGCGAGGAGAGACGGUGGUGAUGCGUCGAGGAAGAUGCUCGUUUGAUUGUGUUUUGAACAGUUAUUUUGCGCUUCAUGCACACACCCUCCUCAUGGAGAACACACGAAGAAAUGCACAUGAUGCAGCUUUUAAGUUAAAGGCGAUUGAUCUGGCUGUGAAAGAAGGAAACAGAGCUGCUGCACGUGCGCUCGGCAUCAAUGAGUCGAUGGUGAGACGUUGGCGACGGCAGCGCGACGAACUGACUCGAUGCAAAAAGACGACAAAAGCUUUCAGAGGCAAAAAAAGCAGACGGCUCAAACUUGAAAACGUUUUUGAAGACGUGGACACCUGCGGCUUAUAUUCAGGCGGCCAGACCCCCCCUCUGAGUCCUGGUCCAGGUCUGAAACAGGAACCCCCAGAGACUCCUAAGAUUAAGGAGGAACCGGAGGAUUGGAGCAUCAAGCAGGAGGAGGAGCAGCUGCAAGUGACUAUCCCAGACUACAUCACUGUGCGUGUGAAGACAGAAGAGGUGGAAGAGGAUGAGGAAACACUGGGAGAGGACAUCAGCUCCGAGGCACAUCUCCACUCAGAGGCGGAGGGAGACAUGGAGCAUUUGUCCGACAAUGAGGUGGACUGGACCGCCCCGCUCAGCUGUUCGACUGUACAGAUGGACACAGAGAUUGACGGAAACAACCAAGUCCAGUUUAUGGCCAGAACCGCCACCGCACAAAACUUCAGUCUGUACGGGCCUGUAGCAGAGACCAGCGCUGCUAUUUACAACGGAGACAUCCCGGGAGCAGCUGAAAGACUUCCCACCGGUGAGCGAUCUUACAGCUGCUCAAUCUGCAACAAAGAUUUUACCAACAUCUCCGGGCUCAUCUAUCACAAGAGAACGCACACCGGAGAAAAACCUUACAGCUGUCCGAUGUGUAACACGCGGUAUACCUCUAGCUCAAACCUGAAAAGCCACAUGAGGAGUCACUCAGGGGAAAAACCUUACAGCUGCUCCAUCUGUAACUCGUGGUUCACCUCGAGCUCCAACCUGAAAAGACACAUGGGGAGCCACUCGGGGGAGAAACCGUUUGGAUGUUCGAGCUGCGACAAGACCUUUGCCCGGAAGAGUCACCUCGAGGUCCACAUGAGGACGCACACGGGGGAAAAGCCCUUCAGCUGUUCUGUCUGUAACGCACGGUUUGCUUUGAAUGCCCAUCUGAAAAGUCAUAUGCGAUGUCACAAAGAAAACAAAUAGGAAAUCAAAGGGUUCGGGGUGUGUUCGUGUGAUUGUAAAGAGCCUGCUGUUCAACAUUCCCUGAGGCUGUGAAGCUUUAUGUUAUUUUAUUAACAUAUUUUCUUUAACCUUUUAUUUAACCAAAUGUUUGAGGACUGAUUCCCAUGACCUGACCAAGAGGCACCAGCAGGGAAACAUACAAACACAAUGCACACGUCACAGUACAAGACACUGCGCUUCAAUUCUGUCCUACAAAGGCAAAAGGACUUUAACUCUUCAGAGUGUGAAACUGAGAAAAAUUACGUCAAAAUUUCUGUUUUGUCCAGACAAAAGUAUAAUAGGUAAGGCUCCCAAAAUUUGAUAACUAGUUGCUAUAAUGAAGAAAUAUUUGUAUGCGAAAAUCUUGAGCUCAAAAUGGACCUUUGACUCUUAUUUGUCAGUUUCUGUACUAAUGUGCCAAAAAUAAGGAGUCCUGCAAAGAAAAAAGGAAGUAACAUUAUUGACAUGAUCAUUAUUUGCUUGAUUUUGCCCAGACUUCCAUUCAUUAUAAGAAAAACACCUCACCAAGGUCAAGUCAUCAUGGUGUUUGUUUGAAAUGACAUUGAAGAGCUUUGGAUUUUUUGUUUAGCGCGACGACAUUUACACAGUUAAACAGUUUGACAGACAAGUCACGUUGCAGUAUAGUGUGUACUGUAGGGGUCUCCAACCUGUAGCUCUCCACCCCCUUCCAAGUAGCUCGCCAAAGGAUUUCAGAAUUAUACAUAUUGCAUUGAAUAACUUAAAAUUUGAUUGAUUAAAUGCCUAUUUCCUUUGUAAAUUUACAAUUUUGUACACUGAUAACUGGAUAAUGGGUUAUGUUUUAUAGAAAUCUAACUGUACCUCAUACCGCUGCAACCACAGGCUUACCAAAUUUACAAAAUUUCUGGCAACUGCUAAAAUUAGUAGCUCUCUGGCAUUUUCAUUUUACAAAGUGUAGCUCACAGGAGGAAAAAGGUUGGAGACCCCUGAUGUACAGUAUGAAUAAAUAUACAAAAUACUUUCACAUUAAAGAUCAAGUAAGUAUAAUUGAAUACAAAGGUUUAUUUGUUUAAUGUGUUAAGACUCUGUGCCAAGGAUGCAACAAAAAGAAGGAGGCGAGAGGUUGGAUUUUAAAAUAAAAUGUAUUUAUUAACUAAAUCAAACAAAACAUACACUGUUUCUGCCUUUUGUCUUUGCUCGACUCUUAUUUUUGGCUCAUCAUACAAAGGCAGAGAACAGGAACUGAAAAAUAAGAGUCAAAUACCCCCAAAAUGACAUUAACAAAUUUUUGACCAAACUUAAUGUUACGGUGUUCUGCCUUUGUUGUGCAGAAUAGGAUAAGAUAUAACCUUAAUCUAAGGUUUGUUUUAACACAGUCUGAUCAUAAAGAGCUGACUUAGAUUGAGCUAGUACUGUUAAACAAAUCUCUCUGAAAUAAUUACUGUCACACCCUUCCCCGUCUUCCAGUUCCCUAACUACAGGUGUUUUCAUGGCUCCAAAACACCUGGAACAACAUGCACUUCUACUGUACGCUGAUUGACCUCUCCACAGCCGUGACCUGUAACUUGACCUGGUGGCGGCACCUGUUUGUCUCCAUGGAGAAUCUAUUUAACGCCUCAGUGUGGAGCAGGAGUCUCCAACCUGCUGCUCUCCACCCCCGUCCAAGUAGCUCGCCAAGGGACUUCAGAAUUAUACCGUUGGUUAAUUACACACCUGUUCCUAUUGUGCAUAGGGUUAGGGUAUCAUUAAGAAGUUGAUGAUACGAUACAUACCUCAAUACAUAGGCCACGAUACGAUACAUAUCUCGAUACAAUGAGCUUUCGAUUUGAUACGAUACAUUUCAAAUCAAUACGGUUCAAUAAAAAUGGUUAAAUGAUUAAAUAUCUUUGUUAAACCACUUCAUAUAAACAAGGUUCUUUCCUCUAAACAAUCAACAAAUCUGUAGCGCUGUAAAAAAAUAAUUUAGUAAAAUAUACCAAAAAAUACUCUUACGAUAUACCGAUACAGCAGCCCACGAUAUCAAUACUGUAUCAGUACAUUAAACGAUACGAUAUCAUCAUCAUCAUCAUCUUUAUUCCGGACUCAUGGUCCAUUUUUAAAAAAAAGUCAAGGACAGUGACAAUACAAAACAGUAAACGCUAGAGCGCUAAAAUGAGCAUCUCUCUGGCAUUUUUGUUUCGUAAAUGUGGCUCAGUAGAGGAAAAACUUUGGAGACCCCUGGCUGUGGAGCUAUAAUAUCUCUAUGAAGACAAGCAGGUGGCGAAUUUUUCACCAGUAAAGUUACACCGUGCGCUUUUAGAAACUUUUAACUACUGAUCCUUUCCACAUCUUCUCUGUCUGCUCAAAGAACCAAGGUACUAUAAUGAAAGUUUUAGGAGCCAAGUUUGUCCAACAUUGCUACUUCUUGUUCGAUUUGCCCCUUUAAAUAUUCAUUAUAUCAUCUUAUUUUAUUCGCACUUAUUUGUCCACACUUUAAAUACACUAAUGUUUAUUGUUUAUUGUUGUUGUUUAUGGUUUUAUCAGGAUCCCCAUUAGCUGCUCUUAUGACGGCGGAUUGUCUUCCUGGGGUCCUCUCAAAAAUAAUACUCACCCGUGCACACAGACGCAGCCGGGCCGCUCCGUAAGGACAAAACAAAACACAGGAAUUCUCAACGUUCCUGAAGAUGUUUAUGGUCUAAAUCAGGGGUGUCAAACUCAAAUUCACAGAGGGACAAAAUUAAAAACAAGGACUAAGUCGUGGGCCAAACUAAAUAUUUAUUGUAAAAUUUCAAUUCUCUUCUUUCGAGAUAUGUAAUGUUAAACCUUUUCUUAUUAAAAUAAAUGUUUUUAAUAGUUUUGCUUAAACAUUGAAUUCAGAACACUGAAUUAACAUUUAAUUAAUUAAACAGUUAUUAAUGCUUAUUAAGAUUUCAGUGUUUGCACAAAAACAUCGAUUGUAAUCUCCAAUACUUUAAAGGGAAGAAAAUAGUUCAUGGGUUAGUACUCGCAGAAUAUGGCCUUAGACAAAAUUCUAUUAAAAGUACUUUAUAAAUACUAACAAAGAUGUAAUUAAGCACUUAUUAUGCAUUUUACUAUUUACUAGCUAUUAAUAUGUGGUCCCUAAUCUAAAGCUGUUACCCAAAAUUUUAAAUAAAUCAUGUCUCUAUAGUCUAUCUGUAGCUGACGGGCAGCUCUAAUACAUAUUUAAUGAUCUGGCGGGCCAAAUAUAAUUAUAUCGCGAGCCAAAUUUUGCCCCUGGGCCUGAGUUUGACACGUCUGGUCUAUACUAUAAACAACCAGAUACUGCAUAGUUACUUGAUACAUGCAGCUGAAUUUACACAUCAGUUUUCAGAGUAUAAAUUCCCUUGAAAGACCCAUGCACGUUUCCAUAUUGUGGGGUUUCAGACGACAGAUAAAUGAUUAAAAUGCUGUUUUUUGUUGUUCUUCUUGCAAUACAGUGACUCGUAUGGUCUUGUCAAAACUAGAAAUGAACAGAUUUGACAUUUUUGCAUUUACAAUUUGGAUAUGUCUUGGCCAAAUGCAAUAUAAUAAAUAAAUAGAGUCUUGAACCCAUCUAGGAGUAUGGUAUCACAUUUUAUAACCUAAAAAAAACACCAAUGGGACACUUAAAGACCAUUCAUCUACUCAGUUUGUAGGAAAGAACACAUUUGACUGGAUUUCCAAAGACUAACUGGUGAAAAAUCUCAUAAUAAACUGGACUAUUUACUAUUUACUAGCUAUUAAUAUUGUGGAUGUUUUGAGUUGAACAGAAACAAAUUUGCCCUUUUCUUUUGACCCAGCUCUGCAUCUUGAGUUGGUCUUGGUCAGGAUUACCCAAAACUCGCAAACUCCACGCAGAACGACCCGGGAGUUGAACUUGGAACCACUGAUUCUGUUUCCAAAUACUUAUUUGCGCCGUUUCUGUUUUUUCUUUCCUCCUCAUUUACCCACUUGAAUGUUAAUAGUGAUUCAUGGAUGUUUGAUUAAUCUAUUUUUUUACAGCGUUGUAGAUGCUGUUGCUCUGAAAAUUCCCAUUUCCCUCUACACACGUUCAGUACAAACACAAAUGCAUUUUAUGACUUUAUUACGUUUUACAAAGUUACUCGUUUUGCAAUAUUUGAAAUGUUCUGUUCACCUGCAAUAAACUGUGACCUUGAAAUAACUAAAAA